UGGUGAAAGUAACUAACCUAGUCUUCCCCACCACGCACCAUCCAACACCCCUAUGUGCCGACUUUGGUUGUUUAUACAAUACGCAUCAAACCCAUUUCUUAUUUUUCAAAGAUUCCCUCUUACACACCCUCACUUCACUCUACCACCCACCUCCUUAAUUUCUCAAUUCAUAUAUACUGCCAGGCCCCUAAGCUUCAAAUUUGGUGUAAUUUCUUGGGUCGUCAUUCUUUCUUUAAUUUCAUCUGCAUUUCUUUCUAAUUACUCCUCCAUUUCCCAUUACCUACUAUUUAUAUCCCCACCAAUCAAGAAUCCAUUAUCACCAUAACCAUUGGCUCUGCUUUCUUCACAGUUAAUAAGCUAAUUUAUCAACAUAAUUGUUCAAAACAAAAGAGAUACGUACAGAGACAUUACCAAUUAUGAGAAUCUCUAUGGCUAUCUCCACAUCUUUGAUGAUUCUGAGCCUUCUUUUGAUCACCUUCUGUCAAGGUAUAUUGGGGGCUACGUUUACAUUUGUGAAUAAGUGUGACCAUACUGUGUGGCCUGGAAUUUUGGGUAGUCCAAAACUGGACAGCACUGGUUUCGAGCUAACCAAAGACACUUCUCGUUCAUUUCAAGCGCCGACCGGCUGGUCAGGCCGUUUCUGGGGCCGAACGGGCUGCAAUUUCGACGACUUGGGAAUCGGUUCAUGUGCAACAGCCGAUUGUGGUUCUGGACAGAUGGAGUGCAACGGCGGAGGAGCCGCAACUCCGGCGACGCUAGCAGAGUUUACACUCGGGUCAGGUUCUCAAGAUUUCUAUGACGUGAGCCUAGUGGACGGGUACAAUUUGCCUAUGAUGGUGGAGGUGAGUGGCGGGUCAGGUCCUUGUGCAUCGACGGGUUGCAACGUGGACUUGAACCAAAAAUGCCCGACGGAGCUGAGGGUGGACGGCGGCGGCGCUUGUAGGAGCGCGUGUGAUGCUUUCAAGACUCCACAAUACUGUUGUGAAGGUGCUUAUGCUUCGCCGGCGACGUGCUCGCCGUCGGUGUACUCGCAGAUGUUCAAGUCGGCGUGUCCAAAAUCCUAUAGCUAUGCAUAUGACGAUGUGACAAGUACAUUCACAUGUUCUAAUGCCAAUUACAUCAUCACAUUUUGUCCUUCAUCUCUGCCCAGCAACAAAUCUUCAAAAUCAGACGGAUCGACAGAUGAAUCAGGAAGCGAGUCAGGUUCUGGGGCUCUUUCAGGUUCUGAAUCAGGAUCAGAUUCCAAACCACUACCUGGUUCUGAAUCAGGAUCAGGGUCAGGGGCGAUGGGUCAGACAAUGCUAGUGGAUGGAUCUUGGUUAGCAAGUUUGGCUACGGGGAGCUCGGCUAGUAAUCAACCUUCGACAAUUAUUCAAUUUAUACCACUAAUGGUGGCUUUUGUACUUUUUAUAGGUUCACUUGUGAAAUUAUAGAGUUUCUAAUUAC